GCCCCUUUCACCCUCCCUCUCCCUGGCGUUCCCAGCAGCCUAGGGUUUCAGAUGUCCCACCGUAGUUUGACCCCCUCCCCCCUCUUCUCCACCCCUGCAAAUGAGGUUUGACCAGCAGAGGCAGAGCCCACCUCUGGCUUAGAAUCACUGACAUUUCGACUCCAGGCUUCAACCUGUUUACAAGUGGACUCUCCAAAGGAAGGGGGUGGGGGAUAGGUCCAAACAAAACACCAGCCGCCAUCCCCCAAAAACAAAAAGUGACUUUCAAAUCGGCAGGCACCACUAAAAAGAGAAAGGAAGAGAGGGAAGAAAACAACGGCGACUGGGCAGCUGCCUCCAGUUCUGACAACUCCAAAGGGAUACACUUUUAGAAGUGGCUCGCAGGCUGGGGUUCCGCAGAGAGAGACCAGAAGGUGCCAGCCGCAGAGGGGUGCAGAUAUCUCCCCCUGCCCCUCACCCCACCUCCCUUGGGUUUUGUUCACCGUGCUGUCAUCUGUUUUUCAGACCUUUUUGGCAUCUAACAUGAAGAAAGGAGUAAAGAAGAGAACAAAGUAACUCCUGGGGGAGCGAAGAGCGCUGGUGACCAACACCGCGACCGCCACCACCAGCUCCUGCUGCUGCGGCCACCCACAUCCACCAUUCACUGGGAGACUCCAGAGGCUCAGGCAGCGGACCCGAGAAGGAACGAGGGGAGGCAGCUGGCUUUUCCGAGGAGUUAUGGAUGUUGGUGCAUUCACUUCUGGCCAGAUCCGCGCCCAGAGGGAGCUAACCAGCAGCCACCAUCUCCAGCUCUCUCCUUGCUUUGCACCAGGUCUUACCCUUCCAGUAUGUUCCUUCUGAUGCGACAAUUUCCAGUGCCGAGAGUUUCAGUACAAUGUGGAAAUGGAUACUGACACAUUGUGCCUCAGCCUUUCCCCACCUGCCCGGCGGCUGCUGCUGCUGCUGCUUCUUGUUGCUGUUCUUGGUGUCUUCCAUCCCUGUCACCUGCCAAGCCCUUGGUCAGGACAUGGUGUCACCAGAGGCCACCAACUCUUCUUCCUCCUCCUCCUCCUCCUCCUCUCCUUCCAGCGCGGGAAGGCAUGUGCGGAGCUACAAUCACCUUCAAGGAGAUGUCCGCUGGAGAAAGCUGUUCUCUUUCACCAAGUACUUUCUCAAGAUCGAGAAGAACGGGAAGGUCAGCGGGACCAAGAAGGAGAACUGCCCGUACAGCAUCCUGGAGAUAACAUCAGUAGAAAUCGGAGUUGUUGCUGUGAAAGCCAUUAACAGCAACUAUUACUUAGCCAUGAACAAGAAGGGGAAACUCUAUGGCUCAAAAGAAUUUAACAAUGACUGUAAGCUGAAGGAGAGGAUAGAGGAAAAUGGAUACAAUACCUAUGCAUCCUUUAACUGGCAGCAUAAUGGGAGGCAAAUGUAUGUGGCAUUGAAUGGAAAAGGAGCUCCAAGGAGAGGACAGAAAACACGAAGGAAAAACACCUCUGCUCACUUUCUUCCAAUGGUGGUACACUCAUAGAGGAAGGCAACGUUUGUGGAUGCAGUAGAACCAAUGGCUCUUUUGCCAGGAAUAGUGGAUAUUCUUCAUGAAGACAGUAGCUCAAAAGGCAAAGACACAUUGCAGAUGUCUGCUUGCUUAAAAGAAAGCCAGCCUUUGAAGGUUUUUGUACUCACUGCUGACAUAUGAUGUUCUUUUAAUUAGUUCUAUGUCAUGUCUUAUAACCAAGAUAUAGGCAGAUCGAAUGGGAUAGAAGUUAUUCCCAAGUGAAAAACACUGUGGCCGGGUUUUUGUUGUUCUUGUUGUUGUAGUUAAGUUUUUGUUUUUAAACCUCUGAGAUAGAACUUAAAGGACAUAGAACAAUCUGUCGAAUGAAUGAUCUUCAGGAAAGUUAUUUAUGGAAUAAGAACUCAUAUCAAAGACUUCAUUGAUCAUUCAAGCUUAAUGAAUCAAUGAGCAGUAAUACAUGCAAGCAUUUACUGGAAAGCACUUGGGUCAAAUCACAUGCACAACCAAAGGAGUUUUGGAUGUGGUCUCAUGGAAGAAUUAAAUAGAAUUUAAAAAUAUAAACAUGUUAGUGUGAAACUGUUCUAACAAUACAAAUAGUAUGGUAUGCUUGUGCAUUCUGCCUUCAUCUCUUUCUAUUUCUAAGUUAUUUAUUUAAUAGGAUGUUAAAUAUCUUUUGGGGUUUUAAAGAGUAUCCUCAGCAGCUGCCUUCUGAUUUAUCUUUUCCUUUUCUUCAGCACACCAUAUGCAUGUUCAUGACAAAGUGUUUUUAAAAUUUGGCCAACACUUCAAAAAUAGGAGUUGAGAUUAGGGAAGCAGUAUGAGUGCCUGUGUGCUAUCAGUUGACUUAAUUUGCACUUUUGCAGUAAUAACCAUCAACAAUAAAUAUGGCAAUGCUGUGCCAUGGCUUGAGUGAGAGAUGUCUGCUAUCAUUUGAAAGCAUAUAUUACUCCUGAGGCUUCCUGUCUCAAGAAAUAGACCAGAAGGCCAAAUUCUUCCCUUUCAAUACAUCAAUUUGUCUCCAAGAAUAUACUAAAAAAAGGAAAAUUAACUGCUAAAUACAUUUAAGUAGCCUAACCUCAUUAUUACUUAUGAUUUUUUGCUGUAUGUCAUGGUGGUAAAGAGGCUGUCCCAUUUGUAAAACAUCUCUGUAAGUCCCGCAUGAUGCAUCUUUCCCAAAUAAACUAUCAAAGAAUUUGGUAUGAAGUGCAACUCUCCCAGGGGCUUAAACUGAGCAAAUUAAAUAUAUACUGGUAUAUGUGUAACCAUAUACAAAAACCUGUUCAAGCUGUAUGAUCUAGUCUUUACAAAACCAAAUAAAACUUGUUUUCUAUAAAUUUAAA